UCUUCUCUCUUUCCCUAUUUUCUUUUGUUGCAUUAUUCAUAUGGAAAACUACUACCGUAAUAAAACAAUAAUAAUAACAGGCGCAACUGGUUUUGUAGGCAAAGCCAUCUUGUGGAAUCUACUUAGAGUAGCAGGUUCUGUUAUUGACAAGGUGUAUGUGCUUAUUCGACCUAAACGAAUCCCGAAUGGAAGUCCAUCUCAACGUAUCCUAGACGAGAUUAUAAACACACCUGCCUUUAAAAAGUUACUAGUAGAACAUUUCAACAAUGAUAGAGAGACAUUUAAAAGUAAACUUAUACCUGUCUCAUAUGAUUUGACAUUGCCACAUAUGGGGUUGUCUAUGGAUGACAGUGCACAACUUAAAGAUACAAAUAUUGUGAUUCAUUGUGCCUCUACUUCAGAAUACGAGAAUUCCCUCGAAUGGAAUUUAGAGACAAAUGUGUUGGGAACAAUUCGUUUAAUGGAUUAUUUAGAUGGUUGUGAUAAUGUCUGCUCUUUUGUUCAUUUAUCACCUGCACAUAUUUACCAAGAACUACCAGAGGGUUGUAUGAAUGCUAGCAUAUCAGAAUAUGUCUACGAUAUUGGAUUUGGAGACCCAGAAAAGUUCUUAAAAGAGCUUCUUGGCGCAGAAGAGAAAGAAUUAACAAAUCUUAUCAAGCGCAUAUUACAAAAGUAUUCUACACUCCAUUUGUUCACAAAAGCUCUUGUGGAACAUUUGAUUAUUAGACGAGUCGAACAAAUGAGAAACGAACAAAGUCAAGGUGGAAAGCAACCCUAUCCACUUGCUAUUUUUCGUUCAAAUUACAUUGGUCCUAGUUUAAAGGAACCUAUGCCAGGCUGGACAAGUGGCGUAUCUGGAGUGUCUUCCUGGCUGGCAUUGUAUGGUUAUGCAAUUCCUAUUAUACAGCCUGAUCAAGGGCCGAGAUCAGCCAAUGUUGUUCCUGUUGAUUAUGUAGCUCAGGGUAUCAUUCGUGCUAUUCCUCAAUUGACUUACCCAGGGGAUAAUUUUAUUUUACCCCUCGCUUACAAUGUCAACAAUCUCGCACUCGCUUCCACUAAUGACGAGAAUACAUCCAUUAAUUACUUUCCUUAUGUCUUCCACAUCGCUACUGACAAUGAGCCCAUUACUUGGUAUGAAGCGUAUACAGCUAUUCAGGAUUAUUGGAGUAGGCCAAACAACCGUAUGCUGACAUCUGAUAAACUGCCACCAGCCAGCAAUUAUUUUAACUCAAACAAGACACUAUCAAAAGCACGAUUUUUGAUGCAGUAUUACUUUCGAUCAACAGCACCUGCACCACCUAAACCCAUCAUCAAUCACCACAACUCAAUGCUACUCUCAAACAACAAUGGACCUAUGCUCUAUAGCUCAAAUAGUUUUACAAACAAAGCUGAUCUCUUUCAACAGAAUGAUCAACAGAAAUGGAUGGAGCUGGCCUCCAGUAUUCGUAACAAUUUGGCAAGACAGAAUAGAUAUAAUUGGCAGUACAGUUCAUUUAAGUUUAGACAACUGGUUGGGGAAUACGAUUCACCUGGUCAUUUUGAUUGGUACAAUUAUUUCUUGCAGAGCUGUUAUGGUGUUCAUGUUAAUACUAUGCACUCUGGCCCACAUUUGCGUACCAUUGUACUGCCUAGUCACACAGAAUGUGCACUUUAUUCUUCUGUCAAAAGUGGCAACAGUACAACAUCUAUUAUUGACGCACCAUUCCAGAGUGUGAUUUAUACAGAAGAAGAAAUGAGACAGAGAAUACAACGUAUGAUUGAUAUCACCAUUUCGUCUCUUAGAAAUCCAGCUCAGUCAAUACAAGAUGAAAAAGAAUGGAAGCCUAUCUGGAUUGAAUAUUUGAACGAUACGCUCGAAGACUGGUGUGAUGAGGGCACAGCAAAAUCGCAGGAAAUAUUGCAAAAAAAGCAAGAGAUUAUGAGCCGUUGGAAGUUACGAGUAGAUGAAAAUGCAGAGUCAACAAGAGUGGUUGUUUUGAAUGAUCCUGGUGUUGGUGAGGCCAUUCGACAGGUAGCUAAACGAUCUGGUAUGCCACCAGAGAGAGUAGCAGAAGAAGCCAUGCGAUCAUUAAAUCGAAUCCAAGAAAGAACACAGUUAUCAUAUGCUUGGUUUGCAGCUUCUUUUCUGCAAAAAGUUCUCAAAAAUAUGUUUAGUGGUAUUUAUAUUCAUCAUGCUGACCUAGAAAAGAUUCGAGAAGCCGUCAAAGGCAAUGAAAAGCGUGUUGUCUAUGUGCCAGUGUCCAAGACGGCACUUGAUCCAGUACUUGUUUGGUUCCUUGCCAUUCGAUAUGAUUUACCUAUUCCUGCAUUAAUUCUAGAUGAAGCAUUGGCUAUUCUAGGUCCCUUUUCAGAUUUAUUGCGUCUUGCAGGCGCCGUAUUUAUCAAAAGAGAUCCACAAUCUCGAUCAACACUAGCCACAGCAGUAACAGCAGCCUACUUGCAACACUUGAUUCAAGAACGGGGUGCACUCACUUUAAUUCUCGAUCAAGUGCGUUCAAGAACAGGUGUUUUUAGAGCACCUUUUAACGACGGUUUGAUCGAUAUGCUUCUCAAGAGUGGCAGUCAAGAUAUCAUGUUUGUUCCAAUCAAUAUCACCUAUGAAGAAGUACCUGAUCUUUCAAUUUUAAUUGGGCAAGACCUUCAGGCAGAAAAACAAAAGAGUAAGCAUCGUCUAAGCGUCGUGAAUCAACUUCAACGAUCCCGUACCACAUCUAAUCGCAUGUCAACACCCAUGAAAGUCUCUAGACCUAGCGAUAGUCGAUCUCAUCGAGUACGCAGUCGAAGUUUAGGAAAUGGAUUCCAUGAAGAAACGAAGUGUGGACCCCUUACUUCCACACAUUGUGGUCGCUUGCUUGUAGGCAUAGGCGCACCUGUGCCUCUGAUGGAAAGCGCACAAGCACUAGCAGACGAAAUACAAAAGGGACAGAAAAAGGCAAUCUUUGUCAGCUCGAUUUCAUUAGUAGCUGCCAUUUUGUUGUACAGUAGAGUAAGAGGUAACUGUAUUGAUCUGGAGACAAUGAAAGAACACAUGAAAUAUCUCUCUGGAGUAAUAAAAGACCAUGGUUACUCUAUGGACUGGCAGGAAUUCGAGGAUAGCGAAACAAUCAUAUUUUACAACAUUCGGUUGCUGGAAAAGAAUUCAAAUAGCGUCUCUAUUGAUGAGCGUGGUAGUGGGUUUAUGUUUCGCAUAUCUACAAGAUCAGAGAACAUUCUUCAGUUGGCUUAUUAUGCAAACCAGCUUCGUGAAAUCUUUGUGCUCGAUUCUAUUUUUGCUGCAACUUAUCUUUCGUUUGAUACAAGAACAAAAGUGUUUGAAACUGUAUUUUUAGAAAGAUUUGAACUCUUGGCAAUUUUGCUCCAGCAUCAGUUCCAUACUUCAUGGGACACAAAGCUUGAAUACGCGAAUUUACGCAAAAAAUAUAAAGGAUACAUUCAAGAAGCUCAAGAUAUGACUAAAGAAAACACAGAAGAAGACAAGGAUGAGGGUGUUGAAGUCGAAGAGGAUGCUACUAUGCUUGAGAGACUGGUUUUUAAGAUCGACAAUACCAAGGAAUACAGUCAAUUAAGUUUAUUAGCAUCAUUUGUGUACCCUAUUAUCGACUCAUUUUGGGUUACACUUUGUGCUCUGUCGGCCUUAAAUGAUGUACGGGCCUUUCCAAUUUCGCUUGUUCCUACUCUUUCGCAAUGGAUUGGAAUGCAUCUUAUUAGUGGAAGAAGAACAAUUUAUAGCGAAGUGCUAUCUAAAGAAUACAGCCAAAAUACGUUGCAGUCACUUAUUCUUAUAGGUGUAUUGGAUAAGAAGUCUGCCAAAUUGGUGUUAUCGCCUGACGCUCAAAUGCUGAUGCAAGCACUAGGUUUAUCUACAAAUGACGAUGUUGUCUUACAACUAGAAAAUAGAGAGAACGAUGAAGCUAUUGUUUUGGACUCGAUAGCCGAACUAUGCAAGAAAGUAGAACAAGUUAGACUACGAGAGGAAGAUGUAGCAGGCUCUGUUCACAUUUAUGAAAAAUGUCAAAAUCAAAUCAAAAGCUUGGCCAAAACAACAGACGGAAACAGCUCAUUUUCUAAGCGACAUGGUGCUAUUGUUGUAGAGCAAAAAGAAGAAGCCAUGAUUCAACUUGGUUAUGCAUUGAUCCAAAGCAUGGACAACAUCCUCUAAAAAUAGGCCUGGAAAACGACAUAAAAAGCAAGCGCCAAUGACAACAGUGUGUUACAUCUUUUGAACCCACGACGAUGAUCUCAAACCCAAAUUUUAGGUUAAAAAACCAAUCAAAAAUACAAAUUGACCUCUUUCUUUUAUUAUUAAAAUGU